AUGGCCGAUGAUAUCAUUGAACGGUACUCGAAUUUGCAUCUGGAGGAUGAGGAGACAGACCUAAUCGAUCUCAGUGGAGUCGAAUCGCCGGAAACUGAUGGGAGAGUCUCUCUAAUGCUGGUAGGGAGGUUAUUGACGGAUAGGGCUUAUAACUUUGAAGCGUUCAAACGAACGAUGUGCCAAGUCUGGGGUUUGGUUGGGAAGGUUAUAAUUCGUACUCUCGGCUCGGGUAAAUUUCUGUUUCAGUUCUUCCAUUGGCGUGAGAAGGAGAAGGUGAUGAUGGGUAGACCCUGGUGCUUUGAACAAAGUUUACUCAUUCUCAAUGAAGUAAUAGGGAAUGAACAGCCGAUGGACGUAGUGCUGAACAAAUCCCCGUUCUGGGUCCGUAUUGAAAAUUUACCUUUUAACUGUCGCUCGGAUGCACACGUUAGGGAGGCGGCAAUAAAUUUAGGGGAAAUGCUGGAGAUUGAGGAGGAUAUCCUGGGCAUUGAGAAGGAUAGGAGGAUUAGGGUUCUGAUGGAUGUUUCGAAACCGCUUCGCAGGACCCAAAAAAUUGUUAACAGAGAAGGAAGGGCGGUUAGAGUGAACUUCAAAUAUGAGAGACUCCCUUUCUUUUGCUUCAUGUGUGGGAUGAUGGGCCAUAGUGACAAGGAUUGCUUAAAGGUUCCAGAGGAACAACAGAAACGGGGUCCAGGGUGGAGUGUCAACCUUAAAGCAUCUCCCAGGAAAGGCAGAAUGCACAACAUAGAGGAGGUUAAGGAAAUAACAGCUGCCAGGAGGACUUUGUUCGUGCCUAAACCGAACUCAGUGGUGCUUACAAACGUGGACAAGAAAGAUACGGGUGAAGAAGCAAACAAGCCAGGGCGACCAGGAAGUUUCAAGGUGGUGGAAGAGGGUGGUAAGCAGGUGGUAGAGGAGAAGGAACGGAGUGGAGAGGUGGAGGUGGAAACUACUCAGAAUCUGAAUGCUCUUUCAGUUUCAGGUGUGGGUGCUAUAAUUCAGAAGCCCACAAACAGGCUGAGGAAAGUAAAGAAAAUAACAAGGUCGAAGGUUUUUGAUGCUGGUGGGGUGGUGCUAAGUGGAGCGUUGUCUUCCCUCAAUGGGAAGAGAAAGAUGCAGACAGAUGGGGACGACGUGAUUAUGGAGGAAAGGCUGGAUGCGGGACAAAGGCUCAAAACAAGUAUUGUGGGAGUGGUUUUCCAACAGGAUAUUCAAGUAGCGGCGGUUGGGGAGGUCCGACCCCGCGAACAACAAUGA